UUCACCGCUCUCUGAAGAUUGACUCAAGUCAACGAGAAGCGGCGGCAGGCAGCGGCAGACACGGUGGCAGCGACAGAAGCGGCGACAGCGGCAGACACGGCGGCAGCGACAGAAGCGGUGCUCGGGUCUCGACCGUUGCUCUCAUCAGGACGCAUUCAGGCAGUUACCGAAGUAAUAAUGGUGAUGAUGCUCCAUGUUGAAAUGUUUACCCCGCCAGUCUCCUCCUUCACGGUAGAAACGCCGGAGCUGCAAUGAAGGCAGGAGCCUCGUCCAUGUGGGCUUCAUGUUGUGGUCUGCUGAAUGACGUCAUGGGCACCGGGGCGGUCCGAGGCCAGCAGCCGGGGUUUGGGGCCGGGGCGGGACCCUUCAGGUUCGCCCCCAGCGCGGGGUACUCCACGUACCCCCCCAGCAGCUCAGGGAGCCCCAGUCCGGUGUGCAAGGCCUGUGGUCAGGCCUUCUCCGUCUUCAGGAGGAAGUAUGUGUGCGCUGACUGCAGGAAGAGUUUCUGCUGCGUGUGUUCGGAGCUCCAGGACGACCUCCGCCGGUGCGGCGUGUGCCGGUUGCUACGGGCGACGGCGUUCCAGCGCCCGCGGCUGAUGCGUCUGCGGGUGCGAGAGCUGCGUCAGUACCUGCUGCUGCGCAACGUCUCCACGGAAACCUGCAGGGAGAAGGAGGACCUGGUGGAGCUGGUGCUGUGUCACCACGGCAACCAGGACGAGGAGGACGUGGGCUCGCCGUCGGCGCUCGCCGCGCGGUUGGCCUCGGAGCUGUCGCCGCUCGCCGCCGCGCAGGGCCAGCCAAUCAGCCGCAGCGACAGCUCCGACACCAACCAGGACUCGGGCGACGCAACGUCGGAGUCUCUGCUGAACCUGGACGCCGGCGAACGCACUCCGGAGGUCAGUCCUCCGACGCGGCGCCGGGCGUCUCUGUCGGACGUGUCCAGCCUGCGAGACGUGGAGGACCUGUCGGUCCGCCAGCUGAAGGAGAUCCUGGCCAGGAACUUCGUCAACUACUCGGGCUGCUGUGAGAAGUGGGAGCUGGUGGAGCGCGUGGGCCGCCUGUACCGGGAGACCCAGGACAACCGGAGGUCACGGGAGAAUGUGAGCAGUACUGUAACCUCAGACGGUGAGAAGUGUCCUCUGGGUCUCCAUGACGACGGUCUGUGCCGUAUCUGCAUGGACGGUGUGAUCGACUGCGUGCUGCUGGAGUGUGGUCACAUGGUCACCUGCACCAAGUGCGGCAAAAGGAUGAACGAGUGUCCCAUCUGCCGGCAGUACGUGGUCCGCGCCGUGCACGUCUUCAAGUCCUAACGCUCCACACACACACACACACACACACACACACACACACACACACACACACACACACAUACACACACACACAACUCUGAUCCUGUGGAUGCUACAACUCUCACUUUCUUUGCACGUUGAAGUAUUAUGAACAGUUUAUCUACGGGGUUACAUAUGUCUCAUUAUGUGUGAACAUCUGUGUGUGAAUGUGUAAUCUGUAAGUAUUAACCCUGUGUUGUCGUACUUUUUGUUUUUCUGGGUCAAAAUGUAAAAAACUAUUCCAACGUUUUUGUCGUCUUUUUCGACACUUUUUUCAAAAGUUUUUGUCAAUAUUUUUCUGCGUUUUUUAUUUAAAAAUUUUUUGUAGAUUUUCCUGACACUUUUUUUUGUUACUUUUUUUGACAUUUGAUUCCUAUGUUUUUCAGCCUUUUUCUUUUUUUUUUUUAAAUACAUUUUUCUUUGCAUGCUAUAAAAUUUAAUUAAAGACCCAGAUUCAGUGAAAGCAGUGAACUGAUCAUGUAUUUAACUUAAGAAGUUAAAUACAUACAUCCAUUUUAUUUUGUUUUAACAUUCGGUUGAAAGAAUCGCAAAUUUCUGAUGUAGAAACGUUUUGAAAAUGGGUCAGAUUAGCCCCGAGGACAAAGUAAAAGGAAAAAGUAUCGGUAUUGACGAUAUUGGCCCUGUAUUUACUUCGAUACCAAAUAUUACAGUACUGCACACCACUAAUAUAGACUAUGAACUUUCAAAUACUACUCGAGGUACAUGGAUUUUAGGUCCUUGUUAAACUUUAAACUAAAAGUGAUUCUGAGAUACUUUGAAAAUGAACAUUUGGCAAAACCAACAAUCAAGUUCACAUCAUUACUUUAACUGUCCACUCACUGUGAAAAUACUGUUAAUAACAGAAGUAGCCUAAUAGUUAUACGAAGGGAAACUUUACUUUAAGAGAUUGACAUCUCUUCUCACAUGGACCAACAAGACACUAUUUUGUCCAAAACCUUUUCGAUGUUUUGCAAGAAAAUCGCUUUUCACCUGUGUGUGUUCUCGUGCUUUUUUAAAACCGAACAGUCCCAGAAUCUUUUCCCACAAGUCUUGCAAAUGUACGGCUUCUCCCCUGUGUGAACAUCUUCCUAACAUUUGCAACUUUCAAACAGACAUUUGUGAAUCCAGUUUUUAAUCUGUGAAUUGACUCUACGUGUUAAUUUGAAAGUUGAAAAGAAAGAUGUUAACAAAUGCUUUUCAUGUAUUUGUAACUGUGUGUAAUGUACUGUGGGUAUAUUGUUUGUUGUAUUUGUGGAACGUGUUUCAUAUUUAUAGACUACACAUUUACACACAGAUGUGGAAUCUGUUCCCAUGAACACACUGGGACAUUUCUAACCCCGUAGGUACUGUACCUUUAAGUCUCAGCCAGAGGCCGAGCGUAGGAUCGUAACCUCCUACGACUCAUUCCUCAACUUAACAUAUCUCUGUUUUUGCUUUUCUUCUGAUUUAUCGAAUCAAAGAAUGUGUGGCACUCCUCAGCCACGUGUCCCCAGCCUCAGAUCUGCAGAUAAACUUCAUUUAUUUACUUUGUUUCCUUUUUCCAGUCUGGACUCUGUGUUUCCACGUGGUUGUGUCUGAGUGACCGAUGGGAACAUCAGUCUCUGAAACGGGUCCAGUAUGAGGUAGUAAUAUACAAUAUGAUUGGGUUAUUUAGCAAUUUAUAAGUUUAGUUUAUUUGUUUCACAGAACAUAAAAAAACUAAAUACACAUAUAUAAAACCACAACCAAAUGUAGAGUGUUGAAAAAAAGCUUAAAAUCUUCAUAGGAAAAACUAGAAAAAAAAUUUCAUUUCACAUUUUUCAGCUGUGAAAAUCUGCAGAAUUUAUACUUCGAUUGAUUUUCUCCAAUACUUUUUUCUGAUGUUCUUGUCACUUUUUUUUCUUAUUUUGUUUACGCUUUUUUUCAACUUAAGUUUAAAGCGCCUCAGAAACCACCAAUCUUCAGGUUUUCCGCUGUUGUUCGACGUUCUUGUCGCUUUUUUUUCAAAGCUUUAGUAAAAGUUUUUGGCGCUUUUUCAACUUAAGUUGAAGCGACAAAAAAACGACAUGAAAGUGAGAAAACAUUGGGAAAAAUGUCGCAAAUUUUGGAAAACGUUGUCUAAAAUUGUCGACAAAAGAAGGGAUAAAGACGGAGACAAAAGCGAAAAAAAAGUGACCAAAACGUCAUUAAAAAAAAAAUAAA